CGGUUAUGAGGACGUCACUUCCGGCCCCGCCGCUUCCGGGUGGCGAUGGAUCCCGACUUCGACGACGUCGUCUCCGUGGAGGACCUGAUGGCGCUGGAGCGGCGGUACGCGGAGCAGCGGCAGGGGGGGGCCGUGAGCCGGAGCUGCCAGUUCGAGUACGCCUGGGGGCUGGUGCGGAGCCCCUAUGGGGCGGACGUGAGGAAGGGGGUGGCCCUGCUGCAAGAGCUGCUGCCAAAGGGGACAAGGGAGGAGCAGCGCGACUACGUGUUCUACCUGGCACUGGGCAACUACCGGCUGAAGGAGUACGAGCGGGCUCUGGAGCACGUGGAGCGGCUGCUUGGGGCUGAGCCCCAGAACACGCAGGGGCUGCGGCUGCGGCGCCGCAUCCGGGACAGCAUGAAGAGAGAUGGGCUCCUGGGCGCCGCCAUUGUUGGGGGCGUGGCUCUGGGCGUGGCCGGCCUGGCCGGGCUCCUGGGAUUGGCUAUCUCCCGUGCCCGCCACUGACGUCAUCGCCGUGCUCUCCCCCACGUGACCCUUCCCCUUCCCACCAUUGGCCCUGCUGCGGACGGCGAGGACAACGCGAUGGCGUCAUGGUGACGUCACGCGCCGCCCCCGCUCGCUCACCC